CUACACAUCAAUGUGGAGGCGAGGCGGCAAGAGUGAUGGUACGGUCGGUCGGGGCGCUAGCUGUCGAUCCAGGCCAGCCGGCCGGAUGUACGGUACAUGCAUGCGAUUGAUUAAUUGGAACGAGAUCGAUCGCUAUACAAUGGCAGCCCCGAGCACCCUCAUCGACACGGACAGCGACGAAGAACUGCCUGCUGGCUGGGAAGAAAGGAGCACAGGGAAUGGUCGAGUAUAUUAUGCUAACCAUCAAGAUCAGACAACAAGUUGGAAUCAUCCUCGCACUGGGAAAAGGAAACGGAUCACUGGAGAACUUCCAUUUGGCUGGACUAAGGCAGUUGAUGACAAAGGAAGACAAUUUUUUGUUGACCAUUUGAACAAGAGAACAACAUACACAGAUCCCCGCCUUGCCUUUGCCAUGGAAGAGAGCCCAGACCCCACAAAGCUUGCCCAGCGGUUUGAUGCAUUCAGCACGGCUUUGCAUGUAUUACAAGGGAGAGAUCUCAGUGGACAGUAUGCUAUUAUCACUGGAGCUAACUCAGGCAUAGGAUUUGAAACUGCUCUGUCAAUGGCGUUGCAUGGUGUUCAUGUUGUCCUUGCAUGCCGGAACCUGAAGAAGGGGAAUGAUGCUGCGUCUAAAAUCAAGAAGAGGUUAGACCAGGCCAAAGUUAUUGUGAUGCAGCUAGACCUGGCAUCACUUCGGAGCAUUGAACAGUUUGCCCAGAACUACAUGCUGCGUGAUUGGCCCCUCCAUAUGCUGGUCUGCAAUGCAGGUAUUUUUGGUGCACCAUGGGAAUUGACCGAGGAUGGGAUUGAGAUGACCUUUCAGGUCAACCAUGUUGGACAUUUUCACCUGGUCAACCUACUGACCGAGACGUUGAAGAAAUCUGCACCUGCCAGGAUCGUGAUAGUUUCAUCCGAGUCUCACAGGUUUAUAAACUUCUAUUCCAACAAGUUGGACCUUAGUGAGGUAGCCAUGCCAAAGGAAAAGUUCUGGCCCGUCCUUGCCUACGGUCGCACCAAACUCUGCAACAUUCUCCACAGCAAUGAACUCAAUAGAAGGCUGUCCCCACAUGAUGUGAUAUGCAAUGCAGUCCACCCUGGCAAUAUGAUUUACACGGGGAUCAGCCAAAACUGGUGGCCAUAUAGGAUAUUGUUUAUGAUGGUCAGGCCUUUCACCAAAUCAGUUCAACAAGGAGCAGCUACAUCUAUGUUCUGUGCUACGGCCAGGGAGUUAGAAGGUGUUGGAGGGAUGUACUUCAAUCACUGCUGUGCCUGCAUGCCUUCAGAAGAAGCCCAGAAUAAAGAACUUGCGAUAGCUCUCUGGGAGAAGACAGAGAACGUUAUCAAAGACGCUCUCUCUAAAAGCACCUUAUAACCAGAACUUUGAGCAUUUUGCUUCAUGGAGUCUGCAGAAAUAACCAUCUGUUCUGGAGAAUUCUAUCACUGCUGACAUUUAUCAUUAUUCUUCAUUGACAGACCGUAGUAUGCUGGUAUGGGGUCUGUUGUGGUGAUACAGAGCCUGACAUCCAGUGACAACUUUCACACAGAAAUUAACGGAUCACACAUUAAUUUUCAAAAUCCACUUCUAAACAUCCAAGUGGUAGAAGGUUGAGACGAUGUGAUUUGCUUGAAGACUUACCAAGUUUUUUUGCCUGAUUCUUGCGAGCAUUAAAAAAAAAUAAACAUAAAAUUUUCAGCUACACACACAAAUCAAAAUAAAUUCCUGGAGCAUGCGCAACGUCUUCUGGGGAGCUUGUCGCUGAUCAGUACAGAUAUGUUCCUUCAUCUCUCUUGGUUAAUAUAAUUUCUCAAACCUGUCAGUUGAAGUUUCAAAUUUCAAUCGCUAUAAUCCUUGUCAAGAGUCCGCUUCCACAAGUUCUUCAGAAUUAAAACUGUCUACUUUGGCCAAACCUUCCAACAAACUGGUUCUGCACAGUGUUCUGGGGGGGGGGGGGCUCGUGUGCCUUUUAAUGGGUCUCCUUGUAUUUUUUCUACAUCUCCCACUAACCUCUUCUGGUUAGUCGUUCUAGGUUCCUACUUUGAGGCUUUUGAGUUACCGCAAGUUACUGCUGACUUAGCCCCUGGUUCCCACUCGCCAGUUGCCCUCUCCUGUUUCCCAAAUUUCCAAGGAUGAAACGGAUCAACUUCUUACUGUCUUCACAGCAACAGGAAGUCCACAAUUCCUGCUGAUGUGGCCCUGUCCACAGCAAUUGAAGCAUUAAAUGAGGGAAAUACCUCUGAAAGGGUGAUUGCAAAGACCGCUGUUGGAAUUGAAAAUGUUUUAGUCAAGUUUGAAAAAUCAAGUUGUAGAUGUUGUCAUCUUCUAAAACCAAAAUAUAUUUGGAAAAUGUGCAUUUUUAACUAAGAUAUCUAUCUAAUCUGAUUAGGGCCUGGUCGCCUAGAUUACCCAUUUGAGGAAAAAAAAAAACUUUCUCCACAAUAUUUGAGAUAAGAGGACUAAGUGCUGCAGCGAAGAUUUGUAUGUGUAAAACAAAUUCAGUGCAGACUGUUGCUAGGGUCGUUCAUUGAGGGAGUAUAGAAUGCAGGGUGAUCAUGCAUCUGGUUAUAUCAUUCCAUAAUGUAUUUGAAAUGGUGUCUAUAAAUGAAACAAAGUUGCUUGAAAAUACUUUGUUUUAGUAAUAACUCACAGACUGAUGAAGCGAAAAAGGAAAGGAAAUGCCUGUAUUGACAAUCUCUGAUUUAUUCAUAAUCAUAUAUUUAUAAAUUUGACUUGUUCUUUCAAUGUAGAUGAAUAAAUAUCUGUGACUCAGAUGAUGAACUAUGAUAUCAUACCUCACAUAGUGCCAGUUGGAUUGUAAGGUGUGAUUGAGUUUAUGCAGAGAUAUUGGGUCAGAUGCAUAGAAAGUAGCAAUUGCUCUUGCUUGAUUCCGUAUGCAUGAAAAUGAGUGAGCAAAUGGUUUUGCUAGUAAGUUUAAGCAAUCGCUAACUGACUGCUAGCAUUUCCUUGACGAUUAAGCUAUUGCUAAAACGCGUAUGCAUAAAGCAAACAUUUUGCUUGUGUGUUUAAACACUUGCUUUGUUUUUAGUUUUUUUCAAGCUCCUUCAGAGCAGCUUGAGCGUUUGCUUAAUCAGGGCGUUUGCAUUUUUUAAUCAUGUUUAUGCACCCGAGAGAGAACACCAAGGUGUACUGUAGCCUACAUGUACAUGCUUUCUUCUUAAUAAGUGCAAACCAAAUGUCAAACAUGUUGUUUAUAAAAAAGAAACAAGUUUGUUUGACACGACGAGGAAAGAUGUUAUAGGAAAGAUGCGGUAAUUUGUACUGCCACACCUUUGUGCAUUCGUAUCAUGCCUUUUCUGCGAGUUGUGUUCGCAGCGUGACGUCGCAAUCGAUCAAAAUGCUAGCAAUUGCUUUCCAAAGGCAAGAAAAGGGUUUAAGCACUAUCAAAUGGUUAUGCAUACGAAAUAAAGCAAUUGCUGAAGCAUGAUCUUUUGCUUGGCUAGAUAUUGCUUGUGCUCGAAGCAAUUGCUACUUUUUAUGCAUAUGACCCAUUAAUUUGUAAUACAAGUGACUUGUUUAUAUGUAUCAAAUGAAAAUUAUACAGUACUGUUGAUUGUAAAAAAAUAUAUUUGUAGCUGUAAAUUGGUAAUCGGUAUAUAUGUGAAAUAAAAAAGUUUAUUGUGGAAACUGA